AUGGAGACCGCCCAAACAGCCCCGGCGCCAGGGUCGCUGAGCUGGAAACUCUCCAGCCACCCAAUCACGCUGCUAACCUUCCUCUUCUUCCGCAUCUCUUCUCUCCUAGUCUACCUUCUCGGCAUGCGCCUCCUCUCCAGCAACUUUGUGCUCAUCUUCAUCGUCACCAUCCUGCUGCUCGCCAUGGACUUCUACUACCUCAAGAACAUCGCCGGCCGCCGGCUUGUCGGACUGCGCUGGUGGAACGAGGUCGACGGCGCAACGGGCGACGGGCGCUGGGUGUUUGAAUCCGCGGACCCAGAGUCGCGGGAGCAGAAUGCGACGGACAAGCGCUUCUUUUGGAUGGCGUUGUAUGUGCAGCCUGUGCUGUGGGUUGUCAUGGCUGUUGUGGCGCUGUUUGGGUUCAAUUUCAUUUGGCUGACGCUGGUUGGUGAGUAUAUUCUUGUGGAGGGGAGCUGGGGUUGGGGAUACGAUGCUGACUGCUUGGUAGCUAUUGCGCUGGUUCUCACGAUUACGAAUACGCUUGCUUUCUCGAGAUGCGACAAGUUUAGCCAGGCAAGUGGCUUUGCUUCGAAUGCCAUGUAUGGAUCAGGACUUGCGAGGAAUCUCGCGGGUGGUCUGGUUAGCAACUGGUUCAGACGGUGA